AUGGCACACGUGACGGUCAAGCAGACGACGGGCGCGGCCCACGACGUCGAGAUCGACGUGGCGACGGCGACUGUGCUCGAGCUCAAGCAAAAGGUGCAAGAGCUCCUGCACUGCCCGCCGGAGGCCCAGCGCCUCAUCUUCCAAGGCCGCGUCCUCGACGAGAAGGCGACGCUCGCCUCAUAUGCACUCACGGACGGCCUCACGGUGCACUUGGUCAUCAACGCCAAGCUCAUGCCCGCAGCGACACCGACGCCGGCGCCUACUGCCACCCCUGCGACAACCCCUGCGACAACCGCUGCGGCAAGCUCCGCGCAAGUCUCGCUGGCGUCGCUUUUGCCGCUCUUGAAGCAGACGACGGCUGGCGUGGCGGCGCUCGCCACGCUCAAAAAGAUGGCCGAAAACAUCGUCAACCAUCCGACCGAAGAAAAGUACCGCAAGAUUCGUCUGAGCAACGAAGCCUUGAAGAAGAAAGUGCUGGACGUGCCUCAUGGCCUCGCCUCUGUCCAUGCGAUGGGCUUCGCCCCUGGCGUUGAAGAGGACUUUCUUGUGCUCGUGCCGACGGCUAGCAACUGGGAGCACCUCGUCGCCUCCAAGCGCCUACUCGACCAAGCCAGUGCGCCCGCUGCCGCGCCUGCCUUCCCAGCAUUCGCACCGUCGGCAGCGCCGGCGUCGGGUCCUGCUGGCUUGGGCAGUGACCCGCUGCAGGGCAUGCAAGCGAUGCUGCAGAACCCGAUGCUUGCGUCCAUGCUUCAGAACGACCCGCGCAUCCAGCAAAUGGCGCAGGGCAACCCAAUGUUGCAGCAGGCGCUCGCGAAUCCUGCGAUGCUGCAGCAAGCUCUCGGCGCUGUCCAGAACAACCCGAUGAUGCGGCAGCAGAUGCAGCAGAUGAUGGCCAACCCGCAGCUCAUGGAGCAGAUGAUGCAAGGCGGUGGCUUCCCCGCAAGUCCUUAUGGCAUGGGCUACGCCCAACCGCCGGCAGCGCCGGCCGCCGCGUCGCCGUUCGGUGCCCCCGUUUCGCUCGCGACGCCGUCACCUGCUGCGCCCGUGUCCCCUGCAGUGCCGGCUUCGACUACACGCGCCGCGCCCAUGGCACCGCCCGCCCGUUCGGAAGAGGAUGAGAUCGCCGAAGCCAUUGCGCGCUCGCUGCGAGAGAUGUAG